GAUGUUGUGUUCACGAAAGAACGUAGUAAUAUAAUAUAAAAAUAUAAUUACACAAUUCGAAACCAUAAAACCUUAAUACAAUACGGAAGUUGGAUGAAUAUAAGGUUUACGAGUGAAAGACAGUUCACCAGGAAAAUCGAAAUAGUUUGUGGCUCAUUUUGCUGACAGAAUUGCAAUUCGGAAAGUGAUAUAAGUGUGCCGACGAUGGAUCGAUGCGAAAUACAGGAUAUCACCUGUUUUAAAUGCAAAACCAAUGACCAGAAAAGUGUCACUAGUGUCGGAAAAUUCAGGUUGUCGAUCAGGAUAGGGCAAACGACGCCAUAUGAACGCUCAGUUAAAGUCUCAUGGGGUGCUUAUCGAGAGGUUACCAUUUAUGAAAUUAUCAUAAAGAAGGGCUUUCUUUACACAGGCCUAACAAACAGAAAACCUUCAGAGAUCAAAUGGAUUAUCGACGGUCUAAAUGCUUUUGGUAAACAUUGCGGCUUGAACACGCCGCCAUUACUGUAUAUCAGUAACAGAAAUAUGUAUGUCAUUCUCGCACAGCACCAAUUCUUUAAGGGUCUUCAGUGGAAGCCUCUACACAUAGGAAAGGGCGCAUUUAUUCCUGAUGUGUUUCUAGCACAUAGAAAUGAAUAUCACCAGUAUUUCUGCUGUACUGUUGCGGACUUCACUUCGUUUGCGAAACGUAUUGGUACUGGACAUAUUCCUUUCAUUAAGUUUGACGCUUUAACAAAGUCGGAGUUAACUGAAGGUUUUAGUGAUUGUUGUACAAAUGAAUGCCACUAUCCAUUUUCGGCAAAUUUGAAUAAACCUGCAUAUGAUUCAUCUGAAUUGAAGUUUCCAAUUCAAGCUAGCGACGAUGUCGAGAAUGAACGUAUCGAAACAGUGGAACAAAAUGGUAUGCACCAGAGCGGUUUAGAGGUCGUUGGACUUGAAAAUAACCUAAAAUGGAAGACAGCCAAAUAUCCAACUUAUUCGGAUGCUGAAAAAAGAUUGGCAACUUACCGCGGAUGGCCGUUGGCAGAACCGAGCCCUAACACACUUUGUAGCGUUGGUUUCUUUUUCACAGGUCAUGACUACGACCUCGUUCGAUGUUUCUGCUGCGGCAUUGGUCUAAAAGACUUCUCUGACUCGGACAAUCCGUUGCUGGAGCACGCGAAACAUUCAUCGAACUGUCCGUUUAUCAUCGAUUAUUUUGAAAGCAGUGCAGCUUUAGAAGCAUAUAAGCAAAGAUUUUCAGCGCAAGAUCCUGAGGAAAUAAGACGAAGGCAACGUGAACAGUAUGAACUACAACAAGGCAGACCAGUAACAACCUACAGAGCAAAGCACGAACGAUUCCGGGCUUUUGAAUCUCGCCUUGCGACAUUCACACACUGGCCCCAACAUUUAUCACAGAGACGGAAAGAGCUGGCAGACGCAGGGAUGUAUUACACAGGUGUUGAUGAUCAUUGUCGCUGCUUCGCAUGUGACGGUGGUUUGAGGCACUGGGAACCAGGAGAUGAUCCCUGGAUAGAACACUGCAGAUGGUUUCCGGCCUGCCCUUAUGCCCGUGAGGUCAAAGGUGACGAGUUUAUCAACCUCGUCCAACAUUCUGCUGAUCAGACCCUGGAAGAAAAUCGUCGAGAUGAAAUUAACGGUGCAAUGGCAGCUCCAACGAUUGAUCACUCAAAUAUUCAACGAAUAGUCGAGAAAAAUCGAAACCUUCUUAUACAAGACAUGGGGUUUCCUCUUGAUGAUGUUAGAAGCGCUGUUCUUGAACUGGUACAACAAGCCUUGAUUGACCCGGAUAUUGAUGAUAUCAUAACUCGUAUGGAGGUCAUGAAUGAGAGAAAGCAGCUCGACCACCUAGUCAAGCGCUCAACAGGACCACCAGAACCAGAAACAUUAUUGAAAGAGAAUCAACUAUUGAAAGGCUUUCUUCGGUGUCAUUCAUGUCACACUAAUCAGGUGAACUGCUUGUUUCUACCUUGCACCCAUCACAUAUACUGCUUAGACUGCACACAAUACAGCGAAAAAUGCCCGGAUUGUGACAAACCAAUUAAGGAAAGAAUUCGAACAUAUAUGGCGUAAACAUUGUACUUAUUAUAUGGUUAAUCGAAAAUGCAAUGAUGUAUGUUUGUAAAUGUUGUAUGUAACUUAUGUGAUCAUGUCGUAAAAAGAAGGUUGUGGAUGCAUAAAACGUAUAAACGUAUAAUGUUAUGGAAGUACAUGCAUUUUCAGGGAAACUUAUAGGCCUGUAGUACUUCUGUUUGUCAUUUAUAUAACUACUGUACGUGAACAAACGUUUUGAACUUCAGUAUACAUGUUAAUGUUAGUAUAUGCUACACAAUACAUGCACUAAAAUCAGAUACAAAGAGUAUCACGUUUAAUUAAUUAGGUUUUUAUAUAUAAUCAAACUGAAUGGAAACGUCUUUUUACAAUAAUCCGUCCAAUAACUAUGGACGUCAGUGAUUAAUAAAUUUGAACAUCUUCUUUACGGAAGGUUGAUGGGUAUUGAAUGUACUUUAAAUGACGUGGAACUAUUUAAGUUUAUGUUAUAAGUCGGUGCGACCCGAAGCUUUGACAUGUAGACCUCGAAAUCUAUAUGCUUUAUCUUUUAAACCGAUAGACUGACGGAAUUAAGGGUCUGUAAAGCAAAAAAUUAGGUCUUAAAUAUAUGCCUUUUAAACAAAUACACGAAUACUAUACUUAUCCAUAUAAAAAGAAGUCUAUUUUACGUCCAUUUUAAAAUCACUGACAUCGUUGAUUGUACGUUUGCUAUUGAAUUUAGGUGAUAGUGCAAUGUAGUCUAAAUCUAAGAAAAAAAGAAGAAAAGCGUGCGUCUGUUUGAAUAUUAUUCUUACAAGAUGAACCUAUGUGUACACCAAAGUAAAAUAAAUCGUGAUGUGUUGUCUUUGUAUAUAAUGGUAAGGAGAAUAACUUUAUUAAACGUGAACACAUUCAGGAAUAUUAUUCACUACUGAAGAGUUAUGUGCUAGUUCGUUUGAUUUAAUUGUUGAGAAUUGUAUUUAUUUAAAGGGAUCUUUUCACGCUUUGGUAAAUUGACAAAAUUGAAAAAAGUUGUUUCAGAUUCGCACAUUUUCGUUUUAGUUAUGAUAUUUGUGAGGAAACAGUAAUACUGAACAUUUACCAUGGUCUAAUAUAGCCAUUAUAUGCAUCUUCUGACGAUUUUAAAACCUAAAAAUUAUAAAGCGUUGCAACGCGAAACGAUUGAAUAAUUUGGAGAGUUCUGUUUUUGUCGUUAAAUUUUGUGAAACUACGAAGAUUGCUUAUAUAAGGUAUAAAAUACGUCACGUAUGUGUAUUCGGCGGAAUAGCUCAGUAGGCUUAAGCGUUUUUACUUCAGGACUCUGGCAGGACUCCAGGGGUCACUGGUUCGAAACCUGCUCCGGGCAAUGUUCUUUUCCUUUUUUUAAUUUUAUUCUUGAUUUUUUACUGGAGCUUUUACGAUCCAAUGUUUACAUUUAUCAAUAUAAAGCAUUUAAUGAAUAAGUUAAAAAAUGCCAAAAUCUGUGAAAAGGCCCCUUUAAAAUAAAUUUUCAUUUAAGUGUUCGAAAAGAGGGGGUAUAUUGUUUGGCUGGAUGUCGGUCGGUCUUUCGGUAGAUCAGUUCGUUUCCGAUCAAUAACUUGUGAACUGAUUGACAAAUUGGCUUGAAACUUCCCAUGUACAUUGGCCAUUGCCAGUAAAUUAACCCUAUUAAAAUUAAGAGUGAAAAUUGUUUCCGAUCAAUAACUUGUGAAUGAAGUGACCGCUUGGCUUGAUACUUCCCAUGUGCAAUCGCGUUGGAUUUCAAUGUUAAAUUUCAAACUUACUGUCACAAUAAGUGUGAUAAUCGUUGCCGAUCAAUAACUCGUCAACGAAAUGACCGAUUGGCUUGAUAUUUCACAUGUGGAUUGGCAUUGGUCAGUUUAUGACCCCUAUUGACAUUGGUUUCACUUGUUCAAAUGUCAAGGUCACUGUGCCAUUUAGUGUUAAAUUGGUUCCGUUCGAUAUUUCAUCAAAUGAUUGAGUGAUGGGCCUUAUACUUUGCAGAUGAAUUGACCUUGAAUAGUAGAUUAUUCCUAUUAAAAUUUAGGUCAAUCAUCCAAGUCACUGUUACAAUGAAUGUGACAAUCAUAUCCAAUUGAUAGCUCGUGAGCGGAUUCACCGAUCGGCCUGAAUUUUCGCAGAUACAUUGGCCUCGCACAAUUUCCAUGAGUAACUCUACAACGAAUCCACCAUGGCGCCUGAUGUAUUGCAAGAUGUAUUGGCCUUGGUCAUUCUAUGACUUAAGGUAGUGUCGCGUGCAAAAGAAAUGCCAUGGCUAAAUCUGUCCGGGCAAGGUAUCACUUAGAGGCCAGUUAUGUUUACAAUAUAUUUACAAAAGUGGAUCAGAUGAUGCAGGUCCAUAUCAAAAUUAUGCUCACAGUCGCAGAUAACAAAACAAUUUUCUCUUGUUGGUAUGUUAAUCUACCAACAUGACGUACAAAUGAAGCGCUGGUUUCGUCCCGGUCCAUUGAUUUUUGGCAAAGUAAUAGGCCUUAGACUUUUUUAAAAUAGCUGCUGUGCGGCUUCAACGCACAGUGGGGGGCAUUGUGUUUAACAAACACAAAUCUUGUUGGUUUGAGGCUUAAAUUAGUCCACGACAUUGUCAAUGACUGCAAACAGUUAUCGUGCGUGAUGGUGAACCGUGCAUUAUGGCAGAUUUUGUAGAACAUUAUUUACAACCAUCUAUAUGCCAGAUUCGAGCUGAUGUUACGCAUGACUAAACCAGCGAGUACACCCCAGGAAACCCGAUACCUUGUGAUCAGCGUGAUAAGAAAAUGUGUCAGGAUUUUGUCUACAUGUAGGCCAAUACCUUUGUAAUCAAUGUUAAUACACAGUUGUUUGAAUUUGGACUUCGAAAUUUUUAAUCUUUCCAAUUUACUAACCCUACGUUAGUUCACGUUAAAAUUGACAAAGCUGCUUGAUUGGUAUCACGCUGGUCACUAGGUAUCAGGUUUCCUGGAGUGGAGUAAGUAAUAACGAAAGUUUCGUGUUUUUAGUAGUCUAUAACAUAUUCAUUUGUAUGCCAAACAUGAAUGCCAAUACUUAACUUUUAUCACGAAAAAGAAAUUAAAUAUGCUAUUUAAAUCUGAUUUAAGGCCUGACGGAAGUAUAUCCGAAUUUAUGAGUUAAAAACUUGAUCUUUUUUUGAUAAAUUUAACUCAUGAUGUAGUUUAAUCACAUCGGAAAGAAGUGGACUCUUUUACAUGCCAAAUCAGAAAAGGUUUGCUAGCGUGUUUUUGUAUGUGUGUAAGAAAGUUUUUAUCAAGCAGUGUUACUGGAAAAUACCAAAUGUACUACAAUAUAGAAUUGUUUAUUACUGUAAAAGCAAUUCAAUCUAGCUUGUAAUAAUAAGCAUAAGACCUAAUGUCCAAAGGGUAUGUUUAAAAAAAACAUAUCUGAGUUAUUAUAAUUAAUGUUAUAUAUUGAUUUCUCGCUUUACAUCUUUUCAUUUCUUUAUGUUUGUUUUAAAGUAUUGUGAAUGUUCACAAUAUGCAUGUUGUAGAUGUUUUUGUAAUGUAUGUAAUGCAGUCAAGAAAUACAUUUAGCUCUAUACAGAAUACCGUUGUGCAUUGUUGAAAGUCGUCUUAAGGGAUGUUUAUGGAUAUUGAUUGCUUUAAAUGGCAUAUGAAACUAUUAAAUUUCAUGGUACAAGCC